GCUCACUAGCUAGUAGAAUAUGCGCUUGCGGUAGGGAUCACUGUCCGUUCCUCCUAUUGGUUAAUUCCUAGGAACUAGACGGAAUACGAAAUAUCCAGCCAAUAGGAACGAACGUACUAUAGCAGGAGGUUGGUGUCCCCCAGCUGAGGUGAUUUGGCGCAGAGCUGAGGAGAUUCUUGGCGUUGCUCCGGGUCCUCCCCUCUCCUUGAGGCCUCUAAGAGGUUGGCCCUGCCCUUGCGGCCUCCUGCAGAAUGUGGAUGAUGCCCAAAAGAAGCAAGAUGGAAGUCGAGGAAUCUGUAGUUUUCCGGCCUGAGUGGACACAGCGUUACUUGGUGGUGGAGCCUCCAGAUGGCGACGGGGCCUUGUGCCUGGUCUGUCGCCGCCUCGUCGUAGCUACCCGCGAACGCGACGUCAGGCGCCACUAUGAGGCCGAGCACGAAUACUACGAGCGGUAUGUGGCAGACGGCGAGCGUGCGGCCCUGGUGGAGCGUCUGCGUCAGGGGGACUUGCCCGUGGACGCCCCGCUCACUCCUGAGGAGAGAGCUGCUCGUGCAGGUUUCGGGCUCUGUCGCUUCUUGGCCUUGAAGGGUCGCGGCUGGGGUGAGGGAGAUUUCGUAUACGAUUGCAUGGAGGUAUUGCUGAGAGAGGUACUGCCCGAGCACGUAGGCCACCUGCAAGGCAUCGAUUUAACUCCAGAGACCACAAGGCGGAGGAUCCUGAGCAUUGACAGGAAUCUACGCAGUCAGCUUUUUAACCGAGCCAAGGACUUUAAAGCCUAUUCUCUUGCCUUGGACGACCAGGCUUUUGUGGCCUAUGAGAAUUAUCUCCUAGUCUUUAUCCGCGGCGUGGGCCCUGGUUUGGAGGUGCAAGAAGACCUUCUGACCAUAAUUAACCUGACUCAUCACUUCAGUGUUGGUGCGCUCAUGUCGGCAAUCCUAGAGGCCCUGCAGACAGCAGGGCUUAGCUUGCAGCGAAUGGUUGGACUGACCACCACCCACACUUUGAGGAUGAUUGGUGAGAACUCAGGACUGGUCUCAUACAUGAGAGAAAAGGCCGUAAGCCCCAACUGUUGGAAUGUUAUCCAUUAUUCAGGAUUUCUUCACUUGGAACUGUUGAGUUCCUAUGAUGUAGAUAUUAAUCAGAUCAUAAAUACUAUAUCCGAAUGGAUAGUUUUGAUUAAGACCAGAGGCGUUCGGCGACCCGAAUUUCAGAUUUUAUUAACUGAAUCUGAAUCAGAGCAUGGGGAAAGGGUUAAUGGACGAUGUCUGAACAAUUGGCUUAGAAGAGGGAAAACUUUAAAACUAAUAUUUUCACUAAGAAAAGAAAUAGAAGCAUUCUUGAUUUCGGUAGGAGCAGCAGCAAUCCAGUUCACAGACAAACAGUGGCUUUGUGACUUUGGCUUCUUGGUGGAUAUUAUGGAACACCUUCAAGAACUCAGUAAAGAACUGCAAGUUAGUAAAGUCUUUGCUGCUGCUGCCUUUGACCAUAUUUGCACUUUUGAAGUUAAGCUGAGUUUAUUUCAGAGGCAUAUGGAAGAAAAAAAUCUAACACACUUUCCUGCCUUCAGAGAAGUUGUUGAUGAGCUUAAACAGCAAUUUAAGGAAGAUAAAAAAAUAUUUGAUCCUGACAGGUAUCAAAUGGUUAUCUGUCGUCUACAGAAAGAAUUUGAGAGACAUUAUAAGGACCUGAGAUUCAUUAAAAAGGACUUAGAACUUUUUGCAAAUCCCUUUAACUUUAAACCGGAAUAUGCACCUAUAUCAGUAAGAGUAGAGCUAACAAAGCUUCAGGCAAACACUAACCUUUGGAAUGAAUACAGAAUAAAGGAUUUGGGGCAGUUCUAUGCUGGAUUGUCUGCCGAAUCUUACCCAAUUAUCAAAGGGGUUGCCUAUAAGGUGGCAUCCUUGUUUGAUAGUAACCAAAUCUGUGAAAAGGCUUUUUCGUAUUUGACUCGAAACCAGCACACUUUGAGCCAGCCGUUGACAGAUGAGCAUCUCCAAGCCCUUUUUCGGAUUGCCACAACUGAAAUGGAGCCUCGCUGGGAUGAUCUUGUGAGAGGAAGAAAUGAGUCUAAUCCAUAAGCCUUUGCAGUACAACAUUGAAAAACUCAACAAGAAUUCAAUUUUAAAAGCAAAAAUUGGUUUGAUUUUUCAAGUUUAUUAAUUUGGAUUGUGGGAAAGCACUAAAUUUAUUACAAGCUGUCCAAAUUGAUCACAAUUUAAAUCCUUCUGAUGGUUGCCUUUGUUUCAUCUAAAAUGGCAGCAUGGGACUGAAACAUGAGAACACCACCUUUUGAAAACUUAAGUUAAUGACAAAGUCAUUGUCUUUUACUUUUAUGAUUGAUUUGAAAGAAGUUUAGUGUUGAUAAUGUGAGUUGAAUUAGAAGUCUGUUUUUAAGUUGUUCUGAAGAUAUAUGCCAAAAAUUUUAGUUAUUUUAAUGAAAUGUUAAAAUUCUGAUACAUAUAGUUUGAAAUUAUGAACUCUUUAGAUGUUUAUUUGAACCAAUUUACAGAAAUUCACAUAGCAAGUUCUUAAGUUUCUGAAGAGGAGAAUGUAUAUACAGUGGAGGUAUUUUGUCUAUUAUCAAAAUGUUUGUUUGAGACUAUUUUUUUUAAGCAUUUCUGAGUCUGAAGUAAAUAUUGAUACAUUUCCUCCCUCUCACCCCCCCUCCAGUGAUAUUGAUAUUAUUAAUAGAGGGACUAAUCAAAUAAAAUUUUAGUCAGAGGAGCAAGAAUUAUUAAGUUGCUGACUUAGGAGGCUUCCUGCAAUUUGGAGAUAAGACUAACCAAUUAUUAGAGGUUUCCCCUCAAUUUUUCAGAACUGGGGGCUGUUCUAUCAGCUUGCCUAUUAAAGGACUAUGGUAAGUAUGAAAUCUUGAUGGUUGCCAGUUAGUAACUCUAUUUCUGUUCUAGACAGAAGUUUGGUCCUGGCAAAAAGGGUGAGGAAAAAAGGCUUUUGCCUUCUAGGAUCAGGAGGUUUGAGAUAUUUUAGCUUGUUUGUCCUAUCUGCAUGGGUGUUAAUGCUUUAUAAAGAAAUCCAGCUUAAAGGAAACACUUUAUUUUAAAAUGAUAUAGUAUCAGAUUCUGUUAGAUGCUAGAAAUGGAUUUAUUCUAGAAUUUGAGACUGUCCCACACAUUCUGUAUUUAAGACAGUGCACAAGUAGAAAUAUUUAACUCUCAAGAAGCAGCCUUAUUCACAGAUUGUAGUAAUUCCAUAUUUUUAGUAAGACAUCUGCCUGUGCUAAAGCAGUAAUUUUCAAAUUUAUGUUAACUGUGAAAAGGCAAUCUUAAAGUAAAAUUUAAUAUGUAAAACUGAUUUAAAAGCAGGACCCAACUUACAGAUCCUUUCAAGUACAGUAUGAAAACAGUUGUGCUAAAUCCUGUUUUAGCUAUUGCAACUCAUUAUUCUGUGGUCACUAACCAAACAAAUUCAAGGAACCAGCAUACAGCCAAGAAUUUAGAAGGAACUGGUGCCCGAGCAAGCAAAAUAGAUGCUACAAGAGCCUAAGAACCAAAGUUGUGUUGGUGGUUCCCAACCUGAGGCAAUAACCCCUCAUUCCAGAGGAUACUGGCAAAUGUAUAGAAGCAUUUUUUUUUUUAGUUGUCUUGUUUACUGGAGGCUUCUGCUGGCAUUUGAGCCUGAAGAUCUCUGCCCCCUGGAAUGUAUGGAACAGCGUGGCAUUAUGAUGAAUUAUCCCUUCCAAAGUGCCAGUAGACCCCCAGUGUAGAUUGUUGUAUUUCAAAGGACAGGGCAAAUUACUAGUAGAAGCAAAAUUAGGAGGGCAAAUUGGGCAAACUGACAAUACUUGAUGAGGAGACUAAUUCCAACAUUCCAAGUUUUCCUGGUAAGGUGCAAUAAAGGCAUUGAUAGGUUCCAGUAGCUCAAAAUAGCAUUUAUCAAUCAGUUACUGAUAGUCAGGUUAAAGGGCUCUAUCCUAUUAUACAUAAUUGGGACAGAAGAACAAUCAUUAUAUGUUGACAAGAUACUUAUCAAGAAUGGUCGAGUUGAGAUUUUGGUUAACAGAGUAAGCUAACUAUCUGGAAAAACAACAGUGAAAAACUGAAAAAAAACAAAGUAUCUACCGGUAAUUUCCCAAUAGGUUUGAGAAUUCUAUUUCAUGGCAAAUGCUUUAUUACUUGAGAGAAAGAUUGGAAGACCUGAAAGCUGCUUCUGCUUUCUAACCUCAGUUUCUCAAAUAUUGAAAUCUUGUACAUUUUGUGAAGUUCCAGUAUGUUUUGCUUAAGGUGAUAAUAAAAUUAGUUUGCAUCAUAUAGUUACUGAGUGAAGGGGGGAGAUUUAAGAUAAGGAUUUUAAAUUGACCCUCAGCAAUAUAGAAUUUGCUAUAAAUUAGUCUUGUUUGUUAAAAAAAAAAUGUGUAUACUUUACUGUUUUCUGUAUUAAGUAAUUCUGUAACUGCAUGGCAGGGUUUUUUUGUUGUUUUUUUGUUUUUGUUUUUUAUAAAUAUUAUAGUUGUUACUGGUCCUGUUGUAUCAGUGAAAAUGGUUAAAAUAAGUACCAUUUAAAAAACUAUGUUACUACCAGUUACUGCCCUAUAUCUCCCAUUCUUACUAGUUUUCUUGAAAGAUUUGUAUUCCCAGUCUCCCAUAUUGCCACUCAGACUUCUCUAACAAGCUUACUGAGUCCUUGUCAGUAUUCUUACCCUCUUUGAAAAUAUUUGAUUACUUUAGCUUUGAGGAGAUACCCUCUCCAAGUAUGCUUUCUCAGUCUUCUUUGUAAGCACCUCUUCCCUUAAAUAUAUGUUAGGAUUUAAAGAAAAAUUUUGUUUUAGGCAACCUUAUUCAAUAUCAUCUCCCUAACUGAUCUCAUCUCCUUCCAUGACUUCAGUCACCACCAAUAUGCAAACAACUCCCAAAUUCCUAUCUCUUUUCUAGACUUUUCCUUAUUCAUGUAUCAAGUUGCAACGUAGGUCCACUUUGCUGUCUCACAGACACCAACACCGCAUGUCAUUGAUGUUGCCCCCAAAACUACUUCUGUUUCCUCUUUUGGUAAAUGGCACUAACACUACCAAACAUUCAGUUGCCCUUGCCCAAACCCAAAACUGUCAUCCAUGACUUUUCCAAACUCUUUAGUGCUAGUCUCCUAAUUUAGGCCACAUAAAUUAUAGCAAUAGUCUCCUCAUUAGUCUCCUUUUCUCUUGUUUUUAUUUCUUUCCACACUGCAGCCAAAUUGUUCCAAAAGACCUAUCUGGUCAUAUCACUCCAUUGCUGUUAGAGUAAAAUCCCAAUUUCUAUUCAUCUUUUAGGUCUCAGUUUAUAUGCCACUUCAUUUAGGAAGCCUUCAUCGACGCUCUCUAGACUAGGUGGCCUGCACACUCCCUAAACACCCUAUUCUUCCCCAACCAUACAUUUAGCACACUUUAUUGUUACUGCUUGUUGUUCACUGCUAGAAUGUAAGCUUUAUAAGAGUAGGGGCCAUAUAAGCCUUGUUCUCUGUUAUAUCUCUAGUGCUUAGCAGAAUGCCUGGCAUUUCAAUAAAUGUUUGGAUAAAUAAAUACA